UGGCACCUAAUGUAUCGGACACCGCGGUGUCGGAUGCCACACCGAGCGGUAGUCCUGCGGACGCAAUCAACAUGGACACGGCGGUACGUAAGCGCCCAGCGCAGCCGACAGAUUUCGCACAGGACCGUCCACCGGCGGCGGCCAACGACCAGAACAAUAAUGACUGUGAUCACGAACGCACGAGGGACGGUGAGCCCUUCCGGGCGCAAAUACGGUGGCCCGAUUUCAUCGCCCAACUGUUCGUACAUACCGGCUUCGCCAUCGGCCUCUUUCAGCUGGUCACAUUCCGGGCGAAGCUGUACACAUACCUGUGGACACUGGUGCUAGUGUGGGCCUCCGGAAUAGGGAUAACGGCCGGAGCACACCGGCUUUGGUCACACAAAUCGUACAAAGCGCGCUGGCCGCUGAAACUAUUACUGAUGUUCCUAUUUACAAUAUGCGGACAGCGUGAUGCUUACACGUGGGCCCACGACCAUCGGGUACACCACAAGUACUCGGAGACGGAUGCCGAUCCGCACAACGCGAAGCGCGGGUUCUUCUUCGCACACGUCGGCUGGGUGUUCCUAACGCCCCACCCGGAGGUGGUGGCCAAGCGCAAAAUCAUCGACAUGAGGGACCUGGAGGCCGAUCCGAUCGUGAUGGCACAGCGCCGCUACUACAUUCCGCUCUUCGCACUGCUCGUCAUCGGCCUGCCAGUGCUGGUGCCGUGGUACUACUGGGGCGAGCAGCUUUCGGUCGCGUUCUGGGUGUGCUUCACGUUCCGCUUCACCACGACGCUCAAUAUUGCCUUCUUCGUGAACAGCGUGGCGCACAUGUUCGGCAACCGGCCGUACGAUAAGAGCAUUAGCCCGGUCGAGAACCUGUCGGUGGCGAUCGCGGCGCUCGGCGAAGGCUGGCACAACUAUCACCACGUGUUCCCGUGGGACUACAAGACCAGUGAGCUGGGAAGCUACCUCUUCAACGUAACCACGGGCUUCAUUGACUGUUUUGCCCGGCUGGGAUGGGCCUACGAACGGAAAUCGGUGCCGCCGGAAGUCGUCGCUAGGCGUGCGGCCAAGUGUGGUGACGGCACUCGCUUCCUGACGGACGAGUAUGCCCAUCAGGAUCCUGUUUGGGGCUAUGGUGAUCAGGACAUACCAAAGGAAGAUCUGGACGACAUCGUGCGGACGCAAAACUGAGGCUCGAAGUUUUGACUCGCAGUCUAGUUCGAACGAGCACGCCUACCAAAGUUGAUCGAUGGUGUACAACGCUUGUCUCCCGCCUUAAUAUUAGCAACGUAAUGCCUAUAACCAUGGCCAUAACCACAAGCGCCUUACUUAGAACGCUA